CUCUGUUGUUGUUGUUUUUGUGAAGGAGCGUCUGUCAAGAAAGUAGUGAAAUGGACAUGACUCACGCCAUACCAUUUCUAUUUAGAAGAAUUUGAAUAUUUCAAUAUCAUUCAAAAAUGAGGAUUUGCACUUAGAAAUUAAAGUUCAAGCAGAACGAUGGGAUCUGUACAGCGGGCAUUUGCCCAGAAACUGACAAAACAACAUGCCUCUGAUGUAAGGCGUCAAAUAGCCGCUACAUCAUAUUCAAGGGACGCCACCAAGACAGGAAGUGGAGCAUCGGGUUUAUCUUCUACUGUUUCUCUUGGUGAUGUAGUCGAUCCUCUCGAUUAUGAGGACUUUAUCCAGCAACAUCAACUCCUUAUUGACCGUGACCCUCUCCGGCCUAUGCUUGAUUUUCCUGUGAAUGAUAUUGAAGUUGGAGUGAUUCCACGAAAAAUUCGCACAGAAGCACCAGUUUUACCAGAAGAACCUCUAUCUGAACUCUCUCCUCAAGUUCGUGAUUGUGUCGAAAGUUACACACGAGACUGGAUAGUCGUAGAUUAUCGUUUUCGUCACCAUUCUAGCAGUGCUUUUUCCCAAGACAGAUCAGAGGAACGUCUCACAACAUUGCAAAAUAUCCCCCAUCAAGAAUUUGAGGUUGAUGGAGAAGCAGUCCCAACUGCUAAUCCAUCGGGACGUUUGUCAGUCACAUCUGCUGACACCCCUCGAGGGAGUUGGGCCAGUUUUGAUCUCCAGAAUUCAGUUAGUGAUCCUGUGAUAUCAGGUCUCCUUGAAAGAACUGCACCUGAGACUAUUGACAAACUCAAUGAAUCCCGUCGGCAAGAGGGGAGGCAAGAUGCUUUAUUCUCAUUGUAUCCACAGCAAGAUGAAGAAGAUAUGAUUGAAAGAAGGAUCUCAGCAGACAUUCCAAAUGAGCACAUGGGUCACCGUAUCCUAGUGAAAUGUCUUCAGCUUAAGCUAGAAUUGGAAGUGGAACCAAUAUUCGCAUCAAUUGCACUAUAUGACUGCAAAGAAAAAAAAAAGAUAUCUGAAAACUUUUAUUUUGACAUGAAUCAGGAAGGCCUCAAAAGAAUGCUAACAUCUCAUAUACCUUACAGUGACAGCAGCACCUUGAGCAGAUCAUGCAUUUUUGACAUUACUUAUCCAUCGCCUGAUUUGUUUCUUGUCAUAAAACUUGAAAAGGUUCUACAGGGUGAUAUUAAUGAAUGUGCUGAACCAUACAUGAAAGAUGACAAAAACCGUGAGAAAGUUAAAGCAAAUGCUGUUGCAGCUUGUGAAAGGCUAGGAAAGUACCGGAUGCCUUUUGCUUGGACUGCAAUUUAUGUCAUGAACAUUAUAAGCGGUGUAAACAGCCUUGAGCGAGAUUCUGGUAGUGACAAAGAAGGUAGUGCCUCCAACAGCUUGGACCGGAAACACAGCAAUACUAGUUUAGAGCAGUUGAAGAAGAGAGCUUCUGACAUGGGCACCCUCACUCGACGAGGAUCUCUAGAAAGGCGCAGUGGAUCUGAAAAAAGGCGCAGCUGGUCACCUGAAGACUUUGGUUCAAGUUUGGAUACAUUCCGACCAGUUACUCUAACCGUUUCGAGUUUUUUCAAACAAGAACAAGACAGACUGAGAGACGAAGACUUGUACAAGUUUUUGGUGGACCUCAAGCGCCCAUGUUCAGUUUUAAAGAAGAAGUGUAUACCUGGUACUUUAAAAUUGGAUAUCUCCCCUUGCCCGGAUGACAUACCAUACAGCUUGACACCGGAGCUGGCGAGGAUCAAUCCCUACCCAGAUGAAAAAGGCCGACCCACGAAGGAAAUCUUAGAGUUCCCUCCGAGAGAAAUGUUCAUCCCGCACUACUCUUACCGCAACUUGUUGUACGUCAGCCCCAAGGACCUGAACUUUGCUGGGCGGACAGGGUCGGCGCGUAACAUCGCCGUCAAGAUGCAGCUCAUGUGCGGCGAGGAGGAGCACAACGCCAUGUCGGUCAUCUUCGGCAAAUCGUCGUGUCCAGAUUUCGCUUCUGAGGCGUACACCACCGUCAGCUACCAUAGCAAGUGCCCUGACUUUUACGACGAGUUCAAACUCAAACUGCCGGCAAACCUGGGGGAUCAGCACCACCUCCUGUUCACCUUCUACCACAUCAGCUGCCAGCGCAAGGAAGAGAAGACGACGGUAGAGACACCCGUCGGCUACACUUGGCUGCCAGUGUUCCGCGACGGCCGCCUUCAGACGGGGGAGUUCUGCCUGCCCGUCAUGAUGGAGCACCCGCCGCCCAACUACUCGUACAUCCCCCCGGAUGUGCUGCUGCCGGGCACCAAGUGGGUCGACAACCACAAGGGCAUCUUCGUUGUCGUAUUGGAUGCCUUGUCUUCGGUCCACACUCAAGACAAGUAUUUGGACAAGUUCCUGGGGCUGUGCGCCGCUCUCGAGGACGGGUCCAUCCCGCCACGCAUUGGCGAGGCCAACAUGGAGGGCGCGCUCAAGGCCAGCAUACUAGAGCUGACGCACGCCAAGUCCGAGCCGCUCGUCAAGUUCCUCCCCGUCAUCCUGGACAAGCUGCUACUACUGCUGGUGCGCCCGCCCGCUGUCAGCGGCCAGCUCAUGAACAUCGGCCAGACCACCUUCGAGGCGCUGGCCAGCUUGGUGAAGAGCAUCACGGCGCUGCCAGAGGGGCAGGGGGAAGUCCAGCGGGACCAGCACGGGCGGCACAGCCUGCUCACGGCCUACAUCACGUACCAGUGCGCGCUGCCCCACCCGGCCGAGGGCGCCGCCCAGCCCACCCUCACGGACCUGGGGCUGUCCCCGCCGCCGCUGCGCUCCACCAGUAACCCCAACCUGCACGGCCUCGCGGAGGAGGAGGCUCUGCUGUCCCCCACGGCCGGCGGUGCCCCUGGCGGCGCCGCCGCGGCUGCGCGGGGGCUGGACCGCACGGCCAGCAUGCGCACCGCCGUGGGGCCCAACAUGGUGCCCAGCGUGGUGGCGCUGCGCCUGGUGCACGAGGAGCUGGCCCUGCAGUGGGUCGUGUCGAGCGGCGCGGCGCGCGAGCUGGCCAUGGCUAACGCGUGGUUCCUGCUCGAGCUCAUGGUCAAGAGCAUGGUGGAGCACCUCGCCGCCACGGACGGGCUGGACGCGCCCCGGCGGACGCCCGGCCGCCUGUCGGAGCAGUUCACGGACGACGUGACGACCCUCGUGUCCACGCUCACGUCCGACAUCAUCUCGCGCUGCAGCAAGGAUCCACGCCUCGCGCAGAGCAUGAACGCCAGUCUGGCCUUCUUCCUGUUUGACCUGCUGUCGGUCAUGGAUCGUGGCUACGUGCUGUCCCUCAUCAAGACCUACUACAAGCAGAUGUCGGCCAAGAUCUCAUCCCUGCCCGACGCUGUCGGACUGAUCGGCCUCAAGGUGGACUUCCUCCGGAUCGUGUGCAGCCACGAGCACUUUGUGCCGCUCAAUCUGCCCUUCGGGACGCCCUUCACACCCAGCUCGGCGCCGUGCUCGCCCACGCCCUCCGUCACCUCCUCCAACAGCCAGUCGUCGUUCAUCUCGACGCUGGUGGGAGGGGACAGGACGAGCUUCUCCGAGCUGUCGCUCGAGUUCCGCCAGCAGCACUUCCUGGUCGGGCUCGUCCUGGGGGACCUGGCCGCCGUGCUCACCCUGCCGCACGCCCAGCUGCACGCCAAGGCCGUGAACAUGGUGCGCAACCUGCUGACCGGCCACGACAGCGAUCCCCGCUACGAAGACUCGGAGUGCCGCGCCCGCGUCGCUGCCCUGUACUUGCCCCUCCUCACCAUCGUCAUGGACAACCUGCACCAGCUGCACGGCUGGCGGGAGCGGGGGCGCUCCUUGCUCUCGCCCGCUCUAGAGGACGGCCCCGAGCCGCAGCCGGGCAUCAACCAGUCGGUGGCCAUGGCCAUCGCGGGGACGUCCAUGUUCGGCGCGCGCACCGUGGAGCCGUACGAUCCGUACGCCCAGCCCAGGAAGACCAGCCUGUCGGCGGACACGACGCGUCACCUGCUGGGCUGCUUCUUGUGGGUGCUCAAGAACAUGAACAAGACCCUCCUGAAGCAGUGGUGGACCGAGCUGCCGCCGCAGCGGUUUCACCAGCUGCUGGAGACACUGUACGUGGGGAGCUACACGUUCGAGUACCAAGGCAAGCGCGAGAUCCUGAAGCGCUGCGCCCCGCAGACUCUCGCCAAGACCACGGACGCCAAGUCCAAGCUCGAGGACAUGAUCCUGGGUCAGAGCUCAGCCCGAAAUGAAAUGAUGCUCCGCCACAAGGUCGCCGGCGGCGGGUCCCCCGGCGGCCCGGGGUCGCCCGGAGUGACUGGAGGCGCCAGCACGGAGCGCCUGCGCUGGCGCAAGGAGCAGAUGGCGUACCGCCCGAACACCGAGGCGAGCGACCGGCCCGCCGCCGACGUGGAGGCCGACGCGCACCUGGAGGGCAACCUGGCCACGGAGGUGAGCCUCGUGAUCCUGGACACGCUGGAGCAGAUGGUGGCCGUGGCGUCCCGCUCGGACGCCCUACAACCCCUCCUCGGCGCCGUGCUCAAGGUGUUGCUGCACGCGCUCGCCCGCCACCAGAGCUCCACUGUGCUGAGGCACAUGUUUGCCACGCAGCGGGCGCUCGUCUUCAAGUUCCCCAACCUGCUGUUCGACGAGGAGACCGAGCAGUGCGCUGACCUGUGUCUCCAGCUGCUGCGCCACUGCAGCUCCAACAGGGCUGCCGUGCGCUCACAGGCGUCCGCCUCGCUGUAUUUGCUCAUGAGGCAGAACUUCGAGAUCGGCAACAACUUUGCGCGCGUCAAGAUGCAGGUGACGAUGUCGCUCAGCUCCUUGGUCGGCACGAGCCGCACCUUCAGCGAAGAAUCGCUCCGCCGGUCGCUGAAGACCAUCCUGGUCUACGCGAGUGGUGAUGCAGAACUGCAGGAGACGACGUUCCCCGAGCAAGUCAAGGACCUCGUGUUCAACCUGCACAUGAUCCUGUCGGACACGGUCAAGAUGAAGGAGUUCCAGGAAGACCCGGAGAUGCUGCUCGACCUCAUGUACCGCAUCGCCAAGGGCUACCAGAACUCUCCGGACUUGCGCCUGACCUGGCUGGCCAACAUGGCGCAGAAGCACAUGGAGCGCAACAACCACACGGAGGCCGGCAUGUGCCUGGUGCACUCUGCUGCGCUCGUGGCCGAGUACCUCCACAUGCUGGAGGAGCGGCCGCACCUGCCGCUGGGCGCCGUGGCGCUGGAGAGGGUCACACCCAACGCGCUGGAGGAGAGCGCCGUGUCCGACGACGUGGUGAGCCCGGAGGAGGAGGGCAUCUGCCUGGGUAAGGAUUUCACGGAGAGCGGUCUGGUGGGUCUCCUGGAGCACGCUGCCGGCUCCUUCAACCUGGCCGGCAUGUACGAGGCCGUCAACGACGUGUACAGCAUCCUCAUCCCUAUGGCCGAGGCCAACCGCGACUACAAGCGGCUCGCCAGCAUCCACCACAAGUUGCACGAAGCCUUCACGCGCGUCGAGCAGCUUCAGGGCAAGCGCGUGUUUGGGACGUACUUCCGGGUCGGGUUCUACGGCUCCAAGCUGGGCGACCUGAACGGAGAGGAGUUCAUCUACAAGGAGCCGACGCUGACCAAACUGCCCGAGAUCUUCAGCCGCCUGGAAAACUUCUACGCUGAGCGGUACGGCACCGACAACGUCCAGAUCAUCAAGGACUCGAACGCCGUGGACCAAAGCACGCUGGACCCGGAUAAGGCCUACAUCCAGAUUACCUACGUGGAGCCCUACUUCGAACCUUACGAGCUUCGACACCGACAAACUUACUUUGACCGCAACUUCAACAUCAAGCGCUUCGUGUACGCCACGCCGUUCACCCCCACGGGCCGUGCCCAUGGCGAGCUUCACGAGCAAUACAAGCGCAAGACCAUUUUGACCACUGCCAACCACUUUCCUUAUGUCAAGACCAGGAUUCAGGUAGUGAGCCGCAAGGUGAUAGAGCUCAUCCCCAUCGAGGUGGCCAUCGAAGACAUCCAGAAGAAGACAGCCGAGCUGGCUCAGUCUAUCCACCAGGAGCCGCCAGAUCCUAAGAUUCUGCAGAUGGUGCUUCAAGGCUGUAUUGGAACCACUGUCAAUCAAGGCCCUAUGGAGGUGGCUCUUGUCUUUCUCUCAGAUUUAGUUGAUGGACAGAAAGCACCCUCAAAGUUCCAGAAUAAGCUAAGGCUAUGCUUUAAGGAUUUCUCCAAAAAGUGCUCUGAUGCUCUGCGCAAGAACAAAAAUUUGAUUGGGCCUGAUCAGCGUGACUAUCAAAGAGAGCUUGAGCGAAACUAUCAUAGGUUUAGUGAUAGACUCAUGCCAUUAAUCACUUUGAAUAAUAUUGCUGGACGGAACCGCAAGUGAACAAUUUUACACUACAUAGUGUGACAUAAAAUUGUAAGAUUUUGAACAUUUUAAGCCCUUUUAUGGACUGUUAAGUAGCCGCUUUAGCCGGAACUGAUUUUAUUUAUUUUGACAUGUUUAUUAAUCCACCAAUUUUUAUUUUAUUCACAAGUGCAUAUUUCACAUUUGUGUUGAUGUUAUAUUUGGUUCUGGCCAAAUGUGUGAAAUUAUAUUCCCAAUAUUUUGUUUUGUUUUUCAUUCCUUUAAAUUUUGAUUUACUUCAAAAAAAUUCUUGUAAUAAGUUAAGAUCAGCACUGCAUUCAUUUUUCUCUCAUCGGGCUGUACUAAGAAAUCGGUUUUCAAGAACUUUUUCCCUUUAUUUUGUGACAAAUGGCUUAUUGUAUGUAAUAGGUAUACUGUUUAUGAGGGUAUUUACUUUUUUAAAGUACUGUACGUUAUAAAGUUAGGCAUUGACUGCAGGAAGACUGAAGUCAGGUGACUUACAUGUGCUCAGUGUAUCUUCAUCUUUUUCAUUUUCAUUCAUUCUUUUUUGCAGUAAUCUUCACAGGGUGGUUCCCGCAGGCAUGCAUGUGUCUAUGGAUUCUCUAGUCGUCCCUUUGCUUUCUCUGUAAAGUCCCAAAUAUGAACUGCCUGUAUUACGUAUUGUAUUGAUUAUUCAGAAUUACUUUACGGUGUGGUAUCAUCAUUAGUUUAAGCUAUUUGCAAAUUGAUUUCUAAGAUUUCCAAAGCUUAGUGUGAUAGUUCAAUGCCAUUUCCUUGUUUAUUUAAUUGUCUGAAAGGAUGUUAUUGCUUCAAAGGAUGUUACCUAGCAGUAUUUUCUCUUUUAAUUUAGAAAAUUUAUGACAUUAUUUUUUGGUGUCUUUUUUCCUUUCUAUUGCACCAAUUUUCUAACCUAAUAUUAUCAUGAAACGCAUUAUUACAUGCUCAAAUGUUCUUGUUGAACUUGUAACUAAAGUCUGCAUUUUAUCUCUUCAAACUACUGUAUUUUCUGAAUCAUUUGAAUUUUGAGUCUAAUGUGUCGCGACAAGUGCUUGAAAAACUGCCUUGCACAAUGCUUAACUGAUUCCUUUGGCAGCUUCACUUUAGCAAAAAAAAUUGAGAGCUCUUGUAUCACCACAUACUUUCAUAGUAAGAUGUACAGUUGCUUUUUGUAAAUUGUUAAUAUUGUGGUCUCAUUAUUUAAUCUGUCAAAUUUUGUAUGGACCAGCAAUGUUUUAUUCAGGAAGGAAAAAGCCACACUGAAAAUAGAACUGACUUCAAUUUAUAGACCAUCGUCUCACUAAUUAUUUUAUGUGGAAUCGAGGGCGGCACAUGGUACUAGCAGCUGUGCUGCCUUCCUUGAACCCAUGUGUCGCUCUCCUAUUUUCAUUCGAUGACUGUUAGCUGUAGUUUUGUACAAUUUUUAAAAUCCUGAGGCAAUAAACUGCUACUCUCUA